UUCGCCGCCUGUGCUCAGCCGCAGCUGUCUGACGGGCACCGAGGCGCCGGGCAGGAGGAGUUGGAGGAGGACGAUGCCUUUACCAGUGUACACGUGCCGGCGGCCGCCUUCUUGGGCUCCGGGACCCCCGGGGGCGGGGGUGGCAGUCGGGGCCGCCUCAACUCGUUCACUCAGGGAAUCCUGCCCAUCGCUUUCUCCAGGCAGACUUCACAGAACUACUGCCCCCUGGAGCAACCGGGCCCGGGCGGCAGCACCAGCGCCUUGGAGCAGCUGCAGAGGUCCCGACGUCGCCUCAUCUCUCAGAGAUCAUCCUUGGAGACCCUGGAAGAUAUUGAGGAGAACGCCCCUCUCCGGAGAUGUCGAACUCUCUCAGGUUCGCCCAGACCAAAGAAUUUUAAGAAGAUUCAUUUUAUCAAGAACAUGCGGCAACAUGAUACCAGGAACGGCAGAAUAGUCCUUAUCAGUGGCAGAAGAUCCUUCUGUAGUAUAUUUUCAGUGCUGCCGUAUCGCGACAGUACCCAAGUCGGGGAUUUGAAGUUGGAUGGAGGGAGACAAUCAACAGGCGCCAUGAGCUUGAAAGAGAUCAUUGGUCUCGAAGGUGUGGAGCUGGGUGCUGAUGGGAAGACUGUGUCUUAUACUCAAUUUCUGUUACCCACAAAUGCCUUUGGAGCCCGGAGAAAUACCAUAGACUCCACCUCCUCCUUCUCCCAGUUCCGUAACCUGAGUCACCGUAGCCUCUCCAUAGGCCGAGGGAGCAGCACUCAGGGGAGCCUCGAUGCAGGUAGCGACCUGGGAGACUUUAUGGACUACGACCCAAAUCUCUUGGAUGACCCCCAGUGGCCUUGUGGCAAGCACAAACGAGUUCUGAUCUUCCCUUCAUACAUGACCACAGUGAUUGACUACGUGAAGCCCUCAGAUCUCAAGAAGGACAUGAAUGAGACCUUCAAGGAGAAGUUUCCUCACAUUAAGUUAACACUCAGCAAGAUAAGGAGUCUGAAGCGAGAGAUGCGCAAGCUGGCUCAGGAGGACUGUGGCUUCGAGGAGCCCACAGUGGCCAUGGCCUUCGUCUACUUCGAGAAGCUCGCCCUCAAGGGAAAGCUAAACAAACAGAACCGGAAGCUCUGCGCUGGAGCUUGUGUGCUGUUAGCAGCCAAAAUUGGAAGUGACCUCAAAAAACAUGAAGUCAAACAUUUAAUUGAU